AUGGCUUUAAAGGAAUAUCAAGUUAUUGGUCGUCGUUUACCAACUGAAUCUGUUCCAGAACCAAAGUUGUUCAGAAUGAGAAUCUUCGCUUCUAACGAAGUCGUUGCUAAGUCUCGUUACUGGUACUUCUUACAAAAAUUACACAAGGUCAAGAAGGCUUCUGGUGAAGUUGUUUCUGUCAACCAAAUUCACGAAGCUCAUCCAACCAAGGUUAAGAACUUCGGUAUCUGGGUUAGAUACGAUUCCAGAUCUGGUACUCACAACAUGUACAAGGAAGUCAGAGAUGUUACCAGAGUUGCUGCUGUCGGUACUUUAUAUCAAGACAUGGCCGCUAGACACAGAGCUAGAUUUAGAUCUAUUCACAUCUUAAAGGUUGCUGAAAUAGAAAAGACCGCUGAUGUCAAGAGACAAUACGUUAAGCAAUUCUUAACCAAGGACUUAAAAUUCCCAUUACCACACAGAGUCCAAAAGUCUACCAAGACUUUCUCUUACAAGAAGCCAACUACCUUCUACUAA